GUAUUGGAGACUUCGGGUGAGGGUAUAGCCCAAGGAGAACUGGCCCCUUCUCUUGUUGUUGAUUGUAGCGUUCAGCAUUUGGUAAAUGAUGCAGAGACAGUAAAUGCAAAUGAAGAGUCUGCUGCUCCAGAAACCAUGGUUCCAACGGAUGUAGAGAAUGUAAAUGGAAAUCAGUAUGAAGGUAUAAUAAAUGAUGUAGCUGCUCAAGCUAUUGUUCAUGCUAAUGUUAAUGUAGCAAAAAAAGAGGCUGCAAUUUUAGCAACAAUGUUACAGGAGUCUUACAAGGAUCCUAUUUCUUCUUCUCCAAACCACAGGGGUUCUUUAAUUCUUGAUGCUAGAAGGGUCUCUUUCAAUUUGAAUAAUUUGAAUCAUUAG